CACAAAGUUUCAAAAUCUAUUAUUGAUCAAUCAUCUCUGCAUCCGUUUCUUUGGUCUCAGAGAGAGAUUUCACGGAACAAAAAGAAUAAACAGAUAAGAGAUACAGAGAGCAACUCUUCUCUCUCUCUGACCGAUCUUCAAUUCAUGGCUUCUUGACCAGAGACAUUUUUUGGGGGACUGUUGGCCGUGGAAGCUAUUCGAUCAUAUGAAGUGCUUACUUGGCUGGAUUGGUUCGAUAGCCAUCGAGUCAGAUGUACUUUUGUUUCAUACUUCCGCGCAGAAGGAUAGUUUCUGUAAAUUUCCAGAGUUUUGAGUUUUUGGGAUUCAUUUUCAGGUGGGUAGGGCGAGACUAGAUUUUUUCAGUGGAAGCACUGUUUUGGUGUUACAUAGUGUUUUCAAGCUUGGCAUAGGAGGACAAGGGCUACAUAAUGGGUGAAGGAGAGGAGUGCAUCGAGCUUAAGUUUCGCAUUUAUGAUGGUACAGAUAUGGCCCAUGGUACUUAUGCAUCAUCAACAACAGUUGCAACUCUUAAACAAAAACUUGUUGCUGAGUGGCCUCAAGGCAAAACAAUCACUCCAAAGUCAAUGCAUGAUGUAAAACUCAUACAUGCUGGUAAAAUUUUGGAUGAUAACAAGACACUUGCUGAUUCCAGAACAACCAUUGGUGACCUUCCUUGUGGUGUUAUUACCAUGCAUGUGGUAGUACAGCCUCCUGUCGCCAAAAAGAAGAAAGAUGAGGAGCAUAUGGGAAAGAUGAAUUCAUGCUCGUGUACCAUCCUUUAAUUUCCGAAGCAUAUUGAUGAUCUGGCUGAUAAAAUCACCAUUUUUAUAUGAGAAAUAUUCUAGCCACAAUGAGAUUAUACAAAAGUAAUUUCACAAAACCAUAUUAAUUUGUGGGAUUAUUUUUGUAUAAUUCCUAUGUAGCUGUGGUACUCCUCUCUUUACCUUCGUGAUUUCCUUCAUGACGCAUGGAAGUGUAAUAUAGCAUUAUGAAUACUGAUUAUGAUCGUGCGGGUUGCCUUUCUUUCUUGUAAUGUCUUCUUCCUUUCUUUCUUGUAA